CGGACACGUACAUGUGGUUCCGGAUUUCUACGACCCGGUGAAGUGAGAAUGAAGUUAUUCGGCGCAUCCGGUUUCGAUGAGCAGAACAGCAACAACAAGGCAUUCUCAGAAAUCCAGGCAGGCUCAUUCCAAGAUACCGCGACUGAGUAUCUCCACCCCCGGCUGGAGUACUAAGACCUUUACAAAGGAGACGUCACACGUCAUGUGAUUGGGGUGGAGGAAUGAAGGGAGAGCCAUGAUGCAGCAGCAAGUUGGGGCCAAACCCCGGCGCCAAGUCUUCCGGGGAGCCGGUUACCUGUAUCACGCUCAGUCCUCCUCCCGCCUUUCCACGACAGAGGAGCUUUUCUUAGAUGCUGCAGAAUAUGGCAACGCUCCCGAAGUGAGGCGGGUAUUAGAGGAGCUGCCAGAGCUCAACGUCAACUGUGUGAACUACAUGGGCCAGAAUGCGCUGCAGCUGGCGGUUGCCAAUGAGCAUUUAGAGGUGACUAAGCUCUUACUGAGGACGAAGGACCUCUCCAGAAUAGGAGAUGCCUUGCUGUUAGCCAUCAGCAAAGGCUACAUCCGUAUAGUGGACGCCAUACUGAGCCAUCAGGCCUUCGCGAACGGAGAGAGGCUGACCAACAGACCCUGCCAGGCGGACACGCACGACGACUUCUUUGCCUACGACGAGGAUGGCACGCGUUUCUCUCAAGACAUCACUCCAAUCAUCCUGGCCUCCCAGUGCCAUGAGUAUGAAAUCGUGCACAUUCUUCUGAUGAAGGGGUCCCACGUGGAGCGGCCCCAUGAUUACUUCUGCCAGUGCAAGACCUGCAGCGAGCAGCAGCGGCAUGACUCUUUCAGCCACUCACUAUCGCGCAUUAACGCGUAUAAAUGUCUGGCCAGUCCGGCAUAUCUGUCUCUCUCCAACGAAGACCCGGUGAUGGCGGCUCUGGAGCUGAGCAACGAGCUUGCAGUACUGGCCAACAUCGAGAAGGAGUUCAAGAAUGAUUAUAAGAAACUAUCCAUGCAGUGCAAAGACUUUGUGGUGGGAGUCCUGGACUUGUGUCGAAACACAGAGGAAGUGAAGGCCAUCAUAAACGGGGACAGUGAAUCAUGUCAAAGCUCGGAGACCUUGGGCAGACAAAACCUUAUCAGGUUAAAACUUGCAAUCAAAUAUGAAGUUAAAAAGUUUGUGGCACAUCCAAACUGCCAACAGCAACUCCUCUCCAUCUGGUACGAAAACUUAUCGGGACUACGUCAGCAGACCACAGCAGUGAAAAACCUUCUCGUCCUCGGUGUGGCUGCUGGGUUGCCGGUUCUGUCCUUCAUAUACUGGAUAGCACCAUCGAGUAAGGUAGGGAAGCUGAUGUGUGGACCUUUCCUGAAGUUCGUGGCCCAUGCGGCCUCCUUCAUGAUGUUCCUUUGCCUGCUGGUCCUGAACGCGGCGGACCGUUUCGGGGGAACAUCGCUGCUGCCCAACAUGACCAUCCACGAUCACCCCUCACAGCUGUUUCGUAUGAAGACCACCCCCUUCACCUGGAUGGAGAUUCUCAUCAUAUCCUGGGUCAUAGGAAAGAUCUGGGAAGAAUGUAAAGAAAUUUGGUCGCAGGACUUCCGGGAAUACAUCUCAGAACUCUGGAACCUUCUUGACUUUAGUAUUUUGGCCAUUUUCAUGACCUCUUUCAUUGCCAGAUUAAUGGCUUUCUGGCAUGCAUAUUCUGCCCAGUGUUAUGUUGACAAGCAUCACACUGACCUGUCCAGCAUGAACUUGCCCUCUGAGAUACAGUACUUCCAGUUGGCCCGAAUCAACUGGAUGCCCUCUGACCCGCAGCUUAUUUCUGAGGGCCUCUACGCAAUUGCAGUUGUGCUCAGUUUCUCCCGCAUUGCAUACAUCCUGCCCGCCAACGAGAGCUUCGGGCCAUUGCAGAUCUCUCUGGGAAGAACAGUGAAAGACAUCUUUAAGUUCAUGGUGAUUUUCAUAACGGUUUUCGUGGCUUUCAUGGUGGGAAUGUUCAAUCUGUACUCGUACUACCUCGGAGCCAAGCACAACAACGCCUUCACUACACUCGAAGAGAGUUUUAAAACUUUGUUUUGGGCCAUCUUCGGCUUGUCGGAAGUGAAAUCAGUGGUCAUUAACAUCGACCAUAAAUUCAUUGAGAAUAUUGGCUAUGUUCUGUAUGGGGUGUACAACAUCAUCAUGGUGAUCGUCUUGCUCAACAUGCUCAUUGCCAUGUUCAACAGCUCCUUCCAGGAAAUAGAGGACCACGCUGAUGUUGAGUGGAAGUUUGCCAGAGCAAAGCUGUGGUUCUCGUACUUUGAGCCUGGUGGCACACUGCCCGUCCCCUUCAACCUGGUCCCCAGCCCCACGUCUGUCAUCUCCCUCUUGAUGGGGAUCAGGGAAUUCCUCUGGGAUGUACCUGAAGGCAAAAGCCGAGACAAUUCAAACGAUGAGACGGAGCUCAACAAGCUGAGGCAACAGGAAGAUCUGAGUGUGGAAGCAUCACUUUGUCCAACCCGUCACCAAAAUAUAAUGAACCGCCUCAUCAAAAGAUUCAUUCUAAAAGCCCAGAGAGAUAAACACAAUGAUGAAAUUAAUGAAGGUGAACUGAAGGAGAUCAAACAAGACAUCUCCAGCCUCCGCUAUGAGCUUCUGGAGAGGGCGAACCACGACAUGGAGACGCUGGCAAAGCUCAUUAGCCAACUGGGAGAAGUCAUGCACGCUCGCCAGAGAGAAGAUAAGAAGAAUGAGCUGGCUACACUUUUUUGAUGACUUAAAAAAGAAAAGAAAGAUUUGAGAUGUAUUUACAUGACACACUGCACUCCUCUCAUUAAUGAGGAAUUCAGUAGAAGUCAAAGGGCCGUUAGCCACAGACACGUUUUUGGACACAAGCACCUGAUGAAAAUGUAUAUUAUAUCCACCCCCCCCCCCCCCCCCUCUCCAUCCCUGAGAGUAUAGUGUAUCUACCCUAGAAGAGAAUUAUCUUUGUCCCUGUAUCUGUAUAGUUAAUAAAAUGGUGGCACUACUGGAUUUUUAAAAUCGGGUUCCCAUACUAUGCACUAAAGACUGCUAACAUAUGACGGUGCUGCCUGUGACCAGCUGUUUGUGUGGCUUGCUUUUGAGGCGAUCUUUUUCCAUCUGGAGUAGAGAAGCUGAUUAAAUAAAUAUACAUACAAAAGAAG